AGGAGAGCCAGUGAUCAGAAACAGGAUCAACAUCAACAAGAAAACAGUAAACAUCAACUUCAAAAGCCCUGCGAAACUCAGUGACAGUCGCCACCAGAAACAAAGCUGAUAGUCCCUUUGCCAUACCGUGAUUCUCACCACUUUGAUGCGUCUGAUCUGAGAACAUAAAGCUAUUCCCAGUGUUUUAGUCGACUUGAUAUUUAAGUCAUCCUGCUGCCCAAGUUUGCCAAUUACUCGAGACCUCAAAGUAAAUAAGAGCCAGAUGGUUUACUGAUAAUGUCACUCACUCACCAUAAUAAUAAUAAUAAUAGUAACAUCAACAAUAACAACAACAACAUGAUCUCCUCUGAAGGUUUAGACAACAAACCAAAUCGCCACUUUCAUAUGAACAAUCCAAAUGGGUUUAAUCUGGGGUUUUCAAGCCUGAAUUUUCAAUCUUCUCCAAAUAGUUCCUCUCCAAGUGGUGUUUCUUCUGUUGCUGAUCAAGUUGGUGCUAUAGGACUUCGUUCCUCUUCUCAAAAUGCUAUCCCUUCUGUUAAUGAUGCUAAAGCUGGUGAUACACCUAUACCCAACCCAUUGAAUCGUUCUGAUUCUUUGGAGAAUACAAUAACUACCACAAACAAUAAUAUGAAUUCAAAAGUCAAUAAAAGAUUGGAUAGAAUACCGGAAAAUUUGGGUCCAAAUGGUACAACUCCAUCAGGUAAACCCAGAUUAUUUGUUUGCACCGUUUGUACAAGAGCUUUUGCAAGACAUGAGCAUUUGAAAAGACAUGAAAGAUCACACACCAAAGAGAAACCUUUUAGUUGUGGUGUUUGUCAAAGAAAAUUCUCAAGAAGGGAUUUAUUGUUAAGACAUGCUCAAAAAUUACAUGCUGGCUGUGAUGAUGCAAUCAAAAGGUUAAGAAGAAGAUCUAUUCGUUCGAAAUCAGUUUCAAGUCCUUCAAAUAAAGAAAUUUUAAUGGCUGAUGAAAUGGAUGUGGAUUCUGAUCCUAAAGCCAAGAGACAAAAGGUUUUCAAUGAAGGUGAUUCUGGUGAUGGUGAAAAUUCACAAUUGUUGACUCCAUCAGUUUCUUCAAACAACACAAACUUAUUGUUUUCCAAUUCUCAACAUCCACCUCACCCAAUUCACUCUGUAUCUCAUGGGAACAUUUUCUCAAAUACUCAUAGUGGUAUAGGUGCAUCUGAUUUCAAAGGUCGUCGUUCUUCAUUUUCUGCUGCUUCUGCUUCGAACUAUGCAAGUGUUCCUCAAAGUCAAUUAAGAAACAAUUACUACCAGGAUUCUGUUGAAUUCUCUACUCCUCAGUUGUUACCAGUUGAAAAUUUAUUGGGUUCUGACAAUUUAAAUCAUCAAAGUAUCAAUACUUGGUUGUCUGAUAUUAAUGCGUUACCUGGUUUGGAUUUUUUGAACAACUUUUCCUUGAAUGAUUCUCAACAACAACAGCAACAACAAAAAGAACUUGAUAAUUCUGUCACUCCAUCAUCAUUACUUUCUGACUCGAAAGUUUCCUCCACUGGGUCAAGACCAAAAAGACAAAAUGUUGCAAGAAGAAGUCAAUCACGGAAAUCCUCAACAACAAAUUUAAAACAAGAGACUGAUAUUUUUGGUUAUUCAUUUUAUGAUGAUGACUACACCUUAGCUAAUCAACAUGAUGAGUUUCAAGAUAUGAAGUUUUCUUACCCUAAAUUACCUUCAUCUUAUCUUAAAGAAUAUUCAAGCUCCUCCCCAGAUGGUUCAAAUUCAAACAAUUUGAAUGAUUACGAAUUGUUAAGUGAAUUAGAAAUACCAAAUCAUGAAGAGAAAAUAUUGGCUGCUGGUUAUUCAUUUUAUGGAAGUAAUGAUUUUGCACCUUCAACCAUGUCACCUGCAAAUAUGUUCAAUUUGAAAUCUGAAAAUGACACUUCUGCAAUGGAUAUUGAUUCUCAUAAAGAUUUUUCAAACCAUCAUGAAAAUCAAAACCAACAAAACGGUGAAAAUGAUCAAUAUGCUGAAGACCUUUCAUCUGAGACUCUAUUUACUGAAAACUUGAAAAGCAACAUUGAAAAAGUAUUAUCAAAAUAUCCAUUUGUCAACAUUCCACCACCUGAUUUACCUCAAUUGGAUACUUUGAACUCAUUUUGUCAAAUCUUUAAGGAGAAAUUUUUGUCACAUUACCCAUUUAUCCAUUCAUCUAUUUUGAAUGAAAAGACAAUGUAUCAGUAUACCAAAAAUGAUGAUUCUCCAAAUGAUUUAACUUCAAAUGUGUGUUUACCUUUGUUGAUUGCAACUACAGGCUCAUUAUAUUCAAAUAAUAAAAAGAUUUCUGCAGAUCUAUAUGAAAUCUCAAGACGUUGUAUUCAUGUUUAUUUGGAUCUAAGAAAGAAAACGGAUGAUGCUGAAAAGGCCACAACUCAUAAUUCUCCACUAUGGUUGGUUCAGUGUUUGAUAUUGAGUGUCCUGUAUGGUUUGUUUGCUGAGUAUGAUGAAUCUGAUUUGAGUAUAAUUUUGAGACAAGUCAAUGCCUUGUGCACCUUGAUUAAAGUUUCGAAAUUUACUUCCUUAAAAUUUGAGAAUGAGAAUAUUGAAAUUAAUGAAGAUUAUUUCAAAGAAUACAUUCUAUAUCAAUCCAAAAUUAGAACAGUUUUCAUGAUUUUCAACAUUUCAAGUACUUUAACAUGUUUUUAUGACUUGACGCCAUUUAUUAAAUACAAGGAGAUCAAAUGUGAUUUACCAGAUUUGGAAAAUUAUUGGACAUGCUCAAAUGUUGAAGAAUUUAAACAAAAAUGUGUGGAGAAUAGUUCUUUGAAUUAUUGUCUAAAUUUGGAAAAAAUUUUAAAUGACAUGUUGAUGAAUAACCAAAUCAAUUACAAAAUGUCAGAAUUUGGUGCAAACAUUGUUGUUUUUGGUUUACUACAGUAUUUUUAUUCCAACAAAAAAAAUUCUUUAACAAACUUUUCAGCUGGUGUUUCUCCAUAUCAUUCAAAUUCAUCAAAUUUGGUUAAGAAUUAUAAAUGGGAAGAUUUGUUGAUUGACCAAAAUCUGAAUAUCAAUUUAGAAUCAAUACUAUUGAAAAACAUUUCAGUUAUCCGUUCAUUGAUGAUUGAUUUAUCCAAGGUUAAAGAAUGCAUGUGGCAUAGACGUUGGAGUGAAAUGAGUCAAGAGUUUAUUAGAAUACAUCCAAGAAAUGAUGAUUUGAUCGAUGCUUGCGACUAUUCAAUUAGAACAAUCAGUUUGAUUUUCAUUAAUGAUAUUGAUUCAUCAAAUUUUAAGAAAUGUCUAUCUUUGACCUUACAAUGUUUAUUUUUCAAUUUUUUUUACAUUGCAAAAUUUUUGCACAGUUUUGAAAGAAGAAUUUUAAAGUCAUCAGCAAGUGCAUUAGUCAUAGAGAAUAUGAAACCAAGUGAAUUAAAGUUGAUUUCCAAAAACUUUUCAAUUUAUAUCAAAAUUGCUAAAUUUUUGGCUGAUUUAGAACAAAUUUUGGUUCGUAAUUUCAACUAUCAUGAUAUUGAAAGCAAAUUGGCUACCAAAGAAUUUGAUGAAACACGCUAUAAUUUUGGAGUUCCACCUAGACUUUUGAAUGAGUCAGAUUAUACAACAAAUAUCAAUAUGACACAAGUUUCUCAAGUUGCAAAACUUUGUUUAUCUUCAAGUAUUUUAAAGAUUGGUGAAUUUGUUUUCAACUUGGUUUUUGAAAAGGAGAUGAACUUUAAUAUUUAUAAAAGUUUAAGUGAUGGCUUAUUCCAUUUAAGAGUUUAUUUGGAGAGUGACCUUCAACAAAAAUGAAAAACAAAUACAGUGUAUCAUAGAACUAUACUACCAUACAAAUAUUAAUUAAUUAACGACUUAAUGAUGUUCAUGUUCAAUGAGAAUAUAAAGCUAGACAAUUAAAG